AUGAGCUUAACAUCCUGGUUUUUGGUGAGCAGUGGAGGCACCCGCCACAGGUUGCCACGAGAAAUGAUUUUUGUUGGAAGAGAUGACUGUGAACUUAUGUUGCAGUCACGCAGUGUGGACAAGCAACAUGCUGUAGUCAACUAUGAUGCCUCUGCAGAUGAACAUUUAGUAAAAGAUUUGGGUAGUCUAAAUGGGACUUUUGUGAAUGAUGUAAGGAUCCCAGAACAGACUUAUAUCACCUUGAAACUUGAGGAUAAACUAAGAUUUGGAUAUGAUACUAAUCUUUUUACUGUAGUACGAGGUGAAAUGAGGGUUCCUGAGGAAGCCCUUAAGCAUGAGAAAUUUUCAAGUCAACUUCAGUUGUCCCAAAAAUCUUCAGAAGCAGAAUUAUCAAAAUCAGCAAGUUCCAAAAAUGUAGAAUUAAAAGUGGCAGAUGCUACAGCAGAAGUGCAACAUAAAGCUACAGAAACAUUGAAGUCUGAGGAAAAAUCCAUGGAUCUUUCUGCCAUGCCCCGUGGUACUCCUUUAUAUGGGCAGCCAUCUUGGUGGGGUGAUGAUGAGGCUGAUGAAGAAAAUGCUUUCAAACCAGAUGGGAAACCUGAAGAAAAAAUAAAUGACACUGGAGCUUCAGGGUGCAGCAUAAAUGCCAAGCAAGUUGAGGAGCAAUCAGCAACUGCAAAUGAAGAAGUGCUUUAUCCUUUCUGUAGGGAACCAAGUUAUUUUGAAAUCCCUACAAAAGAAUUCCAGCAACCAUCACAAAUAACAGAAAGCACCAUUCAUGAAAUUCCAACAAAAGACAUACAAAACUCCCAUGCAGCAGGUGCAGGGCAUGCUUCAUUUACCAUUGAAUUUGAUGAUAAUGCCCCAGGCAAAGUAACUAUUAGAGACCAUGUGACAAAAUUUACUCCUGAUCAGCGACACAAGUCAAAGAAGUCCUCUCCUUCAGGAACUCAAGACAUUCCUGGGAUUCAGACUGGAAUGAUGGCACCAGAAAAUAAAGUGGCUGACUGGCUGGCACAGAACAAUCCUCCUCGAAUGAUUUGGGAAGGAACAGAGGAGGAUUCCAAAAGUAUUAAAAGUGAUGUUCCAGUUUACUUGAAAAGGUUGAAAGGGAAUAAGCAUGAUGAUGGCACACAAAGUGAUUCAGAAAAUGCUGGAGUACACAGACAUUGUAGCAAGCGAGCAGUACUGGAGGAACAUUUAAGGCAUCACCACUCAGAACAGAAAAGGCUACAUCAGAAGGCCCAGUCUGUAGAAAAACAUCAAGAGCAAGUCGUUACUAGCUCUGCACGUCACAGAGCAGGGCAUGGUGUUCUACAUGGGAAACUAUUAAAACAGAAAUCAGAAGAGCCAUCAGUGCCCUUCCUACAAGCAUCAUUGUUAAGAAGUUCAGGCAGUCUUGGGCAUAGACCAAGCCAAGAGAUGGAUAAAAAGUUAAAAAUUCCGUCUGCUUCUGAAAAGGACAAUGAUGAUGACCAAAGUGACAAGGGCACCUACACCAUUGAACUGGAAAAUCCAAACAGUGAAGAAGUAGAAGCUCGGAAAAUGAUUGACAAGGUCUUUGGAGUAGAUGACGGUCAGGAUUAUAAUAGGCCUGUUAUCAAUGAAAACCAGAAAGAUUUAAUAAAAGAUUGGGCUCUGAAUUCUGCUGCAGUAGUAACAGAAGAAAAAAAAACACUGAUUACAUCUGGAUUUCUUGAUUCUGAGGUGAUGGAGAUGAAAUCUUUGAAAUCCUAUGGCAUGUCUACAUAUGAUGAUUUAAAUUCAAGAUGGAGGCGCUUUCCUACUGAUUAUGCUUCCACCUCAGAAGAUGAAUUUGGAUCAAACCGUAAUUCCCCUAAACAUACCCGUCUGCGUACUUCUCCAGCCCUGAAAACCUCUCGACUGCCGAGCACUGGUACAGCCACGCACACUAGCUCUUCAUUCAAGCAUCGAAUUAAAGAGCAGGAAGACUACAUUCGAGAUUGGACUGCUCACCGAGAAGAAAUAGCCAGGAUCAGCCAAGAUCUGGCUCUCAUUGCUCGAGAAAUCAAUGAUGUAGCAGGAGAGAUCGACUCCGUGACUUCAUCGGGCACUGCCCCUAGUACCACAGUAAGCACUGCCGCCACCACCCCUGGUUCUGCCAUAGACACUAGAGAAGAGUUGGUUGAUCGUGUGUUUGAUGAAAGCCUCAACUUCCGAAAAAUCCCUCCUUUAGUUCAUUCUAAACCAUCAGAAGGGAAUAGUAGGCCUAAUGAUUCCAAAACUCAACAAACAGAGACUCCAGAACAUUUAACAAUUACAAGGCGGAGAACAUGGAGCAGAGAUGAAGUGAUGGGAGACAAUCUAUUAUUGUCAUCAGUCUUUCAGUUCUCUCGGAAGAUAAGACAAUCUAUAGACAAGACAGCUGGAAAGAUCAGAAUAUUAUUUAAAGACAAAGAUCGAAAUUGGGAAGAAAUAGAGACAAAGUUAAGAGCUGAAAGUGAAGUUCCUAUUGUGAAAACUUCAAGCAUGGAGAUUUCUUCCAUCUUGCAGGAGCUGAAAAGAGUUGAAAAGCAAUUGCAAGUGAUCAAUGUUAUGAUUGACCCAGAUGGAACUUUGGAAGCACUGAACAACUUGGGAUUCCCCACUGCUGUCUUACCAACCCAGCCAAAACAGAAGUCUAGUCCUGAAAGUAACCAUGAAGACCCAGUUCAGAAUUCGCCCAUUUGCCAGCCAGAAACUAGGGCUCUCCGUCCUACUGACAUCUCAGUCUCGGCUGAAUUUCACAAUGUGGAAUCUGAGGCCGAUUUCAGUAUACAUUUCAACAGAUUCAACCCAGAAGGGGAAGAAGAGGAUGUUACUGUACAUGAAUGACUUAUUCUUUAUUAUUUUAAAAAAUUUCUUAAAUGUGGAAAGCCUAGGACUAUUGAAAGGGUCAUGAUGCUGAUUUAUUCAAAACAAAAUAGCUUGGUCAACUGCAGUGUGGUCAUGCUUGUGUUCUUUAUCAGGAAUGCUUGGACUGUCAUGUUAAUCCCUUCAGAACCAUUAAGAUAGCCAUUCAUACAGAGGAGGAAAAGCAGGUCAUGGCAGCUUUGCUCUUGAUGGUUGUUGUGUGUUUUGCACACAGAAUUAAAAUUGCUGCCUUUCCCUUCUUAGAUCUUGUUUUGUUUUGUUUUUUCAAUCCCUGAUGUGACCUACAAGCAGACUUCCAUACAAUGUAUCUGAAACCCCAAGUCUCCCAUGUCAAGCUGCCCUCUGAAAUGGACUUCUCUUCAGUUUGUACAGAUUUCUUAAACAGUUAUAUUUGUUUCUGAAUAUUAGAAUUUCUAUUAGGAUACAAUACCUUUGGGUACAAUGACACAUUACUGUUCACAGUAAGACAGACAUUGCAAUGCUUUCAUUCUUGUGUCCCAAACUUUUCCAACAGUUAUGUGAUUUAUAUAACUUGGUUGCUACAUAGAUUGUCCUAAGAUUUACAAAGUUUAACUAUUAUGUUUGCACUAAGAAUUUGACGGGAGUGGUAGGUGGACAUGUCUGCAUAUCCAUAAGGACUACCCAAUCUUUUUAUGUACAUAGAUAAUACUGCCUUUGUUUUAACCCACAGUGUUUCACUCCACUUUCUGAAAACUCAAUUUGGCACUUUUCUCUCUCUUUUUUUUUUUUUAAUGAAAGUAGAAAGGUUUCAUCCACUUCAGGCCAGGAGGCUAUUGGAAUGAUAAAAACAAGUUUAAACAGAUAGGUGGAGUAUAUUUUUAAAGAGAAGAACAUGUAUAUUGGUGCAAAUAAACUCUCCGGUGUUACCAAGUUUCUAUGUGACAGUUUUUAAAAAUUUCUCUUGGAAUGAUCAUGAAGUAUGAAAUUCUUCUUUAGGACUUGAAGAACCAAUAGGCAUAACUUAGAAUCGAUAGUCUCACUCCCAAGCACAUAAAUAGCUUCUGUAUGUUUCCCUGUAGACUCGAUAGCAAAUCCCUGUCUCUCCUCUAUACAUUUAUAAGAACUCGGGAAGACAACUACUAACAUAGGCUUUUGAUUAAAACCACUGAAUAGAAAGUCUGUGAAAAUCUCCUAUAUAAACUCACUUUCCUUUUGUCAUCCCAGUAAGGUAAUAUUUGGGUAUGUUUAAAAAAAAAAAAAGUAAAUGACCUUGUAUUUCCAGAACACUAUAAUUUGGAGAAAUCUUAAUUCUGUUAAAUAUAACUAGUAGGCUUGAAUUUUCCCUUGAUUAUAUCAGUCUCUAAAGGUUAAAAAUACAAUUUUUGCAGCUUUUAUGAAAUGGUCUUUAAUAUUUAAGCAAUAAUUCUAUACUAUAAUUGUUUAAGAAAAAUACUAAGUCUGUGCAUUUUAAAACUACAGGAUUACUGAAGUCUUGUAAAGUUGGACCAAGUAAUAAAAAAUGCAAAAACCAUUUUUGUAGAGAUGUAAAAAAAAUCUGUUGUAUAAUGGAUCUCAUAUUUUUCUUUAAAUCUAAAAAAAAGAAUAUUCUUCAUAUAAGUCUAAAUUCCCCACUCUAUCAAAAGAAGUCUCAGAAUGGUUUUAGAAAAAAUGAAAGGAAGGAUUGAAGUAGUUCAAAAGAAUAAGGAAUACAUUAAAACACAAGUCAGUCCUCAUUAAAAAAAUAAAGAUUCAUCCAAAUAAUCACCCUCAUUCCUUCUUUUCCUCAGUGUUUGGGUACGGAAUUUAACCAUAUGGAAGUGAAAGGGUAAGACAUUACUUAGAAAAUUAUUACUCUGUAGAAUUGUCUCACAAGAUUUUUUUUCAAGAGUUUACACAUUUUUGUUCAGUGAUAAGCAUUUGGCCUUUUACUAUGUUAUUAUUUUGUAUGAACACAUUAUUCUCCUUAUUUAUUUUUGUUACAUUUAUUACCUAUGUUAUUUUGUUAUGCAUUUACAGCUCCAUUUUUAAAUAAAGUGUUUCUGGAACUUUA